AACCUCAAAUUACUGUUUUCAUUUGUAUAUUUUCGGUUCCAAAGAAUUUAUUGUUAAUUCUGGCACCAAAAUGCAUCUAACAUUGAGACUUUUAGCGAAUAGACAUCCCUCGUUCAUCGCUCGGACGGUUUUCGUAAAGAACAACGACAUUGAAGAUGCUUGCCGAUUGGUGAACAGAAUUAUCGGUAAAGAAGGCAUCCUGGAGCAAUACAGACUCACCAGAUACUACGAGAAGCCUUUCCAGACAAGACGUCGUAUCAACCAUGAGAGAUGCAAAGCUAUUUAUAACGAGGACAUGGAGAGGAAGAUUCAAUUUGUUCUUCGCAAGAACCGUCAUGAGGCGUACCCUGGAUGCCACUAAAUAAUUAUUAAUACUACUAUCUUAGCUUAUAAUUUUGUAGUUUGUAAAUAGUUUACCAUAAUAAAUUAAACUCACAUGUAAAAA